CCAGAGCUGGUUCACUUCUUAUAGGGACUGAAAACCGAGUGAGGAGAUGAAGGAUUGCACCAAGAACGCUGAAUGGAUACACGUUGCCGAUAGAUCCUGAUGAUAACCCAAAUAAGAUCUUAACUGUGGAAGACAUCAGUCCCUUCACAGAAUUGCUCAACACAGAGAAGGCGGGGCAGUGAAACCAUCAUCUGGAAAUCAGUCAGGUCAGGGGAGCUUCGACAUAUCAUCAGAUCUGAAACUGGUCAGUGGUGUGGAGCCUUCCAUCAGAACCAACCUUUCUGAAGGUUCAGCUGUGGGUGCUCAGUCAGGGUAAGGCUGAGAAGAAGUGAGUGGCUCCAAGUGUAUUGAGAGCUUUGGUUAUUUUAUCGAGCCUCAUGAACUACCAUUCCGAUAAGGGAGAGGCUAUUGAAGUGUGUGGUAUGUGAGGAGCAUAUCACAGGCUUGUAAAUUUCCCUAACACACAGCGUUGAUCUGUUAUUCCAACUGUUUAUACAAGAGCAUCUUCAUGGAAGAGAAGCAGUACGAGUGUGAAGUGUGUAACCAAGUUUUCAAACACAAAUCAACGCUUGUGAGUCACCGAUGCAUACAUAGUCAAGACAAGCUGUACAAGUAUGAGGUGUGCAACCAGGGCUGUGUGCAGUUAUUGGGACUGGGAAAUCACCAAUGCAUUCAAACAGUGGAGAAACCAUUCCUGUGUGAGGUGUGCAAGAAAUCAUUCUCGCAGUCAUCAACCCUUCUUGAGCACCAACGCGUUCACACAGGGGAGAAACCAUUCACAUGCAAGGUAUGCAACAAAUCAUUUUCACAGUCGUCAACACUCCACACACACCAACGCAUUCACACAGGGGAGAAACCAUUUAGGUGUAAGGUUUGCAACAAAUCAUUUGCGCAGUCAUCAAACCUCCACAAACACCAACACGUUCACACAGGGGAGAAACUGUUCACAUGUGAUGUUUGUGAGAAAUCAUUCUCAUCAUCAUCACAUCUUCAUGUUCACCAACGUAUUCACACAGCAGAGAGACCGUUCAUGUGUGAUGUUUGUCACAAGUCAUUCUCGAGGACUUCGGACCUCCUAUUCCAUCAGAGGAUUCAUACAGGGGAGAAACCAUUCACCUGUGAUGUGUGUGAGAAAUGGUUCUCAAGGCUAUCAAACCUUCGAAGACACAAAAGCAUUCAUACAGGAGAGAAACCAUUCACGUGUGAGGUGUGCGACAAAUCCUUCUCGAUGUUGUCAAACCUGCUGGUCCAUCAGAGGAUUCAUACAGGGGAGAAACCAUUCACAUGUCAGGUCUGUGAUAAAUCAUUCUCAAGAUUAUCAACCCUCCUGGCUCACCAACAUAUUCACACUGGAGAGAAACCAUUAAAGUGUGAGGUUUGUCACAAGAGUUAUGCACAGUCACUUAGCCUGGUACCUCAGCAGCACAUUCACACAAGAGAGAGACCAUUCACAUGCGAGUUAUGUGAAGAAACAUUUACGCUUUCAUCACACCUCUGUGACCACAAACAUAUCUCCACUGGGGAAAAGCCAUUUACAUGUGAAGUAUGUGACAAAACAUGCUCUCGUAGAUCAACCCUGCUUGAACACCAACGCAUUCAUACAGGGGAGAAGCCAUUCACAUGUGAGGUUUGUGACAAAUCAUUCUCACAUUCAUCGACCCUCCGUGCACACCAGCGCAUUCACACGGGGGAGAAGCCAUUCAUGUGCAAACUGUGCAACAAAUCGUUCUCACGUAUAUCAACCCUCCUCGAACAUGAACGCAUUCACACUGGGGAAAAGCCAUUCAGAUGUGAUGUGUGCAAUAAAUUGUUCUCCCACUCAUCAUCCCUCCGUGCUCAUCAACGCACUCACAGCAGGGAGAAACCAUUCACAUGUGAAGUGUGUGACAAAUCAUUCUCUGAUUUAUCAACCUUUCGCAGACAUCAACGCAUUCACACAGGGGAGAAACCAUUCACAUGUGAUGUGUGUGACACAUCAUUUUCACAGUCAUCAAGCCUCCGUGCACACCAACGCGUUCAUACAGGGGAGAAACCAUUCACGUGUGAGGUAUGUGACAAAUCAUUUCCACAGUUAACAUGCUUACGUGUACACCGUGCUGUGCAUACAGGAGAGAAACCAUUCAAAUGUGAAGUGUGUGACAAAGCCUUCACAUGUUCAUCAAGCCUCCUGGUCCAUCAGACAACCCACACAGGGGAGAAACCCUUCAAGUGUGAAAUCUGCAAAAAAGGUUUUGCGAUAUCAACGAGGCUCCUGAAACAUCGGAGGAUUCACACAGGGGAGAGACCCUUCAAGUGUGAGGUCUGUGACAAAACCUUUGGACAGUUAUCAACCCUCAUGCAACACCGACUUAUUCACACUGGUGAGAACACACUCACAGGCGAGAAACCCUUCAAGUGCGAAGUUUGUGAUAAAGCUUUUCGGAUAUCUUCAAGGCUACUGAGACAUCAGAGGAUUCAUACAGGGGACAAACCGUUCAAGUGUGAGGUCUGUGAGGUGGCUUUCAGUCAAUCCUCCAAUCUCUUGACACACCAGACAAUACACACAGGGGAGAAGCCAUUCACAUGCAAGAUGUGUGACAAAUCAUUCUCACGAUCAUCAAACCUGCGUGUACACCAACGCAUUCACACAGGAGAGAAACCAUUCACAUGUGAAGUGUGCAACAAAUCAUUUUCGCGGUCUUGGUACCUCCUGCUCCAUCAGAGGAUCCACACGGGGGAGAAACCGUUCAAGUGUGAGGUUUGUGAGAAAACCUUCAGACAGUCAUCGACUCUCAUGCAACACCGACUAAUUCACAUUGAAAAGCCGUUUACAUGAACGUAACCCUUCAAAUAUGAGGGUUAUAAUGAAACUUUGUGAUGCCUUUGACCCUCGCUUUAAUUCUUGGCUGCAACUGAUGUGCUUGUUAUUGUUGCAUCUUUGUCAAAGUUUUACUGAAGCAAUCAUCUAAAAAAAUCAUACCGUGACCAUUGAUCUGAUUUGGCUUCCUUAUCAAUCCAGUGUGUAAACAUCAACUGGAUAAUGUCUUGACUCAUCUUACAACAUGUUUGUUUCAAAGAAAAGGCAGUGGGGAAUGUUCAUAUAAGGAUCCAAGACCCGAGCAAUUAGUUUGAGAUAGACAAAUUUUUAACUAGAAAAGGAUUAAAGGGUUAUGGGGAGCAGGCAGCAAAGUGAAUUUGAGAUCAAGGUGAGAUCAGUCAUGAUUGUAUUAAAUGGCAAAGCAGGCUCGAUGGGAUGAAUUGCCUACUCCUCCUAAUUUUUAUGUUCUUGUGCAGCCCUGGUAACAACUUUCAUCCUUGUUCAUGAAAUAAUACAUCCAAUGUUAAACUUGAACCUACAACCUUGUUCUCUGAGUCAGAAGGUAUAUAUUUAAGCUUCCCUGCAUGACUAUCAUGCAAAAAGUCCUAGCUGACAUU